AAAUAUUGGCUAAAUAAGUUUAAAUAAAAAGAUCAGAAAUUCCUGAUAAUUGGUCUUUAGAAUCAGCUGAUUUUAUAAAUCGAGUAAAUAUUUUAUUUAUAUUUCGAUUAGUUAAUCUAAAGAAAACCUGCGAAUAGAUUAGGUUUUAAUGGACCUUAAGAAUUAAGAUAACAUUCUUGGUUUAAAAAUUUUCCAUGGUAAAAACUUUAUAGUAAAGAAUUAAAGGCACCUUUUAUUCCUCAUGUAAUUAUAAAUUUAAAAUGAUAUAGUAAACAGAGGAUAAUUUUGAUGCUCGUUAAAUAUCAAUUGAAGAUGAAGAAAAUAAUGAAUUGAUUUAAUAAAAUGCGAUAAUGUUAAGGAGAAAUUCAAUUUAAUGUAUAAUUAGAUAUAUAAAUAGCAUUAUUUAAUGGAUAUGAGAUUGAUAAUUUUACAUAAGCAAGUGAACCUACAAAAC